CCGCAGGAGUUGAAAAGCUGGGUGAAAUCUUAAAUCUACUUUGUCAAGGAAUCCUAAUGUUUCUGGGAACUGCAAUAGACACAGUGAGAAGAUGAGCAGCUACGAUUCGGAAAAAUUGAAGUUUGGAGUACUUGCUCAUAAAUCCAGAGAGAGAGAAAUUACAAUAAUUAAGAUAAAAAGAGAUGAAGAACUCUGAAAGUUAACAGAACGUAGGAUGGAUGCUACAGUAAUAUUGCCUAUUCUGAAGAAAAAGUUAGCCUUCCUUUCAGGUGGGAAAGACCGAAGAAGUGGCCUCAUUCUGACAAUUCCAUUAUGCCUUCAACAAACAAGUAUGGAUGAGCUGAGUGUCACCUUGGACUACCUGCUAAGCAUUCCAAGUGAAAAGUGUAAAGCCAGAGGAUUUACUGUUAUAGUGGAUGGUAGAAAAUCCCAAUGGAAUGUUGUCAAGACUGUUGUGUUAAUGUUACAGAACGUUGUUCCAGCUGGGGUAUCGCUUGUCUGUGUAGUUAAACCAGAUGAAUUUUGGGACAAGAAAGUUACACAUUUUUGCUUUUGGAAAGAGAAGGAUAGACUUGGCUUUGAGGUAAUUCUAGUAUCUGCCAACAAACUUACUCGAUAUAUAGAACCAUGCCAACUCACAGAAGAUUUUGGAGGGAGCCUCACCUAUGAUCAUAUGGAUUGGCUGAACAAAAGGCUGGCAUUUGAAAAGUUUACAAAAGAAUCCACAUCCCUACUGGAUGAACUUGCCUUAAUCAACAGUGGAAGUGAUAAAGGGAACCAACAAGAGAAAGAGAGGUCUAUAGACUUAAAUUUUCUUCCAUCUGUUGAUCCUGAAACUGUCCUGCAGACAGGUCAUGAGCUGUUAUCUGAAUUACAACAACGCCGCUUUAAUGGUUCAGAAGGAGGGGUCUCGUGGUCUCCCAUGGAUGAUGAAUUGCUCGCUCAACCCCAGGUUAUGAAGUUGCUAGAUUCACUCAGAGAACAGUAUACGCGGUAUCAAGAAGUAUGCAGACAACGGAGCAAGCGCACUCAGCUAGAGGAGAUUCAACAGAAGGUAAUGCAGGUAGUGAACUGGCUCGAAGGACCUGGUUCAGAACAGCUUAGAACCCAGUGGGGAAUAGGUGAUUCAAUUAGAGCCUCACAAGCUUUGCAACAGAAACAUGAAGAGAUUGAAAGUCAGCACAGUGAGUGGUUUGCAGUGUAUGUAGAACUUAAUCAACAGAUUGCAGCUUUGCUGAAUGCUGGGGAUGAGGAAGACCUUGUAGAGCUGAAAGCAUUACAACAGCAGUUGAGUGAUGUCUGUUACCGCCAGGCCAGUCAACUGGAGUUUAGACAGAAUCUGUUACAAGCAGCACUUGAAUUCCAUGGUGUUGCUCAAGAUUUGUCUCAGCAACUAGAUGGCUUACUGGGGAUGUUGUGUGUUGAUGUAGCACCAGCUGAUGGAGCAUCAAUUCAGCAAACUUUAAAGCUACUUGAAGAGAAAUUAAAAAGCGUUGACUUAGGUCUGCAAGGUUUGCGUGAAAAAGGUCAAAGUCUUCUUGAUCAAAUAUCUAACCAGGCAUCUUGGGCUUAUGGAAAAGAUGUAACCACUGAAAACAAAGAGAAUGUUGAUCACAUUCAGGGAGUGAUGGAAGAUAUGCAGCUCAGGAAGCAAAGAUGUGAGGACAUGGUAGAUGUGCGACGGUUAAAGAUGCUUCAGAUGGUUCAGCUAUUUAAAUGUGAAGAAGAUGCUGCUCAGGCAGUAGAAUGGUUAAGUGAAUUAUUAGAUGCUUUGUUGAAGACCCAUAUCCGACUCGGAGAUGAUACUCAAGAAACCAAAAUUUUGUUGGAAAAGCACCGGAAGUUUGUUGAUGUAGCUCAGAGUACUUACGAUUACGGGAGACAGUUACUACAGGCUACUGUCGUUUUGUGUCAGUCUCUGAGAUGCACUUCCAGGUCCUCAGGAGACACACUUCCAAAGCUGAACAGAGUAUGGAAACAGUUCACAAUAACUUCAGAAGAGAGAGUAACUAGGUUGGAAAUGGCUGUUGCAUUCCACUCAAAUGCUGAAAAAGUGUUGCAAGAAUGCCCAGAUCAGCCUGAAUCCAUAAAUGAUCAGGAACAAUUUGAUGAAAUUGAAGCUGUUGGAAAAUCACUUUUGGAUAGAUUAACAAUCCCAGUGGUUUAUCCUGAUGGUACUGAGCAGUACUUUGGGAGCCCAAGUGAUAUGGCUUCUACAGCUGAACACAUUAGAGAGAAGAUAAAGCUAGUUUGUCUGAAAAAACAGCAGCUGAGACAACCAGACGUCUGUACAACAGAGAGCUAAUGGUUUCUUUCUGCCAGUUCCUAAGAGAUCCGUUUGUAACCCAGCAUGUCAUCUGCAUUCUACGCCUGCCAUAAUACAUAAGACUUCAUUUCCACGGCUGUUAUAAAAAUCUUGCCCUUCUUGAAGUAAACCUUAUUCUACAUCUUAACAUUGUAUUUCUACCAAGCCAUAAUUAUUAAACAUGCUAUGAAACCAUAGACUUCAAAUAUUAUUAAAAGGAACUGGAAACCUUGCACUGAACCCUUGUUCUGAAGCUUUACCCUGACCUAUCAGGUGCUCCUUUGCCUAAGCAACUGAUGCAAGCUUUGAAUGGUGCUAAUAAGUACAGGUUCCACCCAGAAUAGUAAUUCUCUUUAUUCUCCAAAUAAUGUAGUAUUUUUAGGCUAUAGGCAAGCUAUCUGUUGUAUAACAGUGGUGACCCUAUGUAUUACUUUUUAAAUAGCCCUUUUUAUUGUGCCAAUAUACAUCCUGCCCAUCAAAUCUUUGAAAUUCAUUAUAGUUGGGUUCCCCCACCCCCACAAUUUGUAUGGAUAAUGUAUUGAGAGCUGUUUUGUGCUUAAUAAAAUCCAUCUUUUAAAAAUGUGACAACAUUUAUGUAAGCCUGUAUUUCCUAGUGUCCUGCAGGAGUUAAUCAGUAGAAGUGGGAAGGGCAGCUCUUUCUCUCCCCUUCCAACUUUGGAGCAAAUAUUCUUCCUCUCCGUCUCUCUCUUUCUCCUAUAAUGUGAAAGGGAUGCACAAAUACACUUUGGAUCUUGGGCAGAUAAUUUUUUUAAUAACUGGGAUAAAAGGAUGGCAGAGUUGGGGGUUAAGCAUCACAUUUCUUCUGUUGUCUACAUUCAAAAGAUCUGAGCCAAGCAGACAUGAUGAAACGGGAAGGAAGGAAGGAGCAUAUGAACACUUCUGGUGUUCAGUUUCCUUCUGCCUUCCUGAGAGGUGCGGUAAACCAUGUACAUCUUGCUACUUACAUUUGUAGUUUGGGGAGGGGGGAUUUCAGUUAUAUAAGAAAGGAUGGGGAAGAAAACCUGCAGGAAAGGGGAUACAAAGAAGCAAGUGAAGCUAACCAGAUAAUAAAUGAUGGGAGGACAUGGUGCCUCCCUCCUCCAACAUGUCACACUUUUUUGGUAUUAACAAACGUUACAGGUGUAUGUUCUGUUAGUUACAUGCUCAUGGCUGAAUAAACAAGUUAAAUAGGCAGUUUGUAUGCAAUUUCCAGAAUUGAUAAAUGCUACAUAUUGUAAUAAAAGAUGAUUAAAUAUAGGACAUAAGAUUAAAAUUAUGUGCAGACUGUAUUUACUCUUCCAAUCUGCAAAAGCCAAAUAAAAACCUUUUAUAUUUA